AGGAUCCCUAACACUAUCGAGGAGUUAAGUGUCACGCGGCGGGAGGUCCGGGAAGCCGGGCCUCCUCUCUGAGGAGGUGACACUGGCUCAGUGCUGAACGGAAAGCAUUCUCUGCUCUCGAGAACAGCGCGGACCCACUGCCCACCAGGCUCCAUUCAGCCGCUCUUAGCCGACCACCCUCUUCCGAGCCUUUGCCCCGCCCUUUCUUCCUCCUCCCCUUCCGGUUCUGACCUCCUUAGCCCUCUGCGGCUGCGCACGGCCCUGCCCAAUCGAAAACCUCGCACCGCUUGAAGGGGCAGCGAUUGGCCCUGCAUUCCCGAGGCUGUCGGGAAGGGGCGGGGCUUGUCUGACGAGGCUUUCCAAAGGCUGACGGAAGUCUUCGGAGUUGUUGCCGGAAGUGGGAAGAGAGAGGUUGUAAUGGCGGCUGCGGCUGAAGUCCAGAAGGUGCCGGUGGACAGCGCCGAGGAAGGGGCCCUGACGGCGGCCGAGGAGCUGGCGGCCCAGAAGCGCGAACAGAGACUGCGCAAAUUCCGGGAGCUGCACCUGAAGCGGAACGAAGCUCGUAAGUUAAACCACCAGGAGGUUGUGGAAGAAGAUAAGAGACUCAAGUUACCGGCAAACUGGGAGGCCAAGAAGGCUCGUUUGGAGUGGGAGCUUCAGGAGGAAGAAAAGAAAAAGGAGUGUGCAGCCAGGGGGGAAGACUAUGAGAAAGUGAAGUUGCUGGAGAUCAGCGCAGAGGAUGCAGAGAGGUGGGAGAGGAAAAAGAAGAGGAAAAACCCGGAUCUCGGAUUUUCAGAUUAUGCUGCCGCCCAGCUACGCCAGUAUCACAGGUUGACCAAGCAGAUCAAGCCUGACAUGGAGACGUAUGAGAGACUGAGAGAGAAGCAUGGAGAAGAGUUUUUCCCGACAUCCAACAGUCUGCUGCACGGUACACACGUGCCCUCUGCGGAGGAGAUCGACAGGAUGGUCACCGACCUGGAAAAGCAAAUUGAAAAGCGAGACAAAUACAGCCGGAGACGUCCUUACAACGACGAUGCAGAUAUUGACUACAUUAACGAGAGAAAUGCCAAAUUCAACAAGAAAGCCGAAAGGUUCUACGGGAAGUACACGGCUGAAAUUAAACAGAAUUUGGAAAGAGGAACAGCUGUUUAAUCCCUUCAGGAACUGUUUUUAUAAACUUGACAGUAGGUGAAAAUCUCUGCCACCAGAUUGAGUUUGCUUUGAACCCAGAACCUGGUCUCUGCCUUCCCACGCAGCACUUAGAAAUAAAUGUUUUUUCUUAAACAUA